CUGACACGAGGAGAGCCUUCUUAGCCCAUUCAUACACCAUCUGUGUUGGUGUCGUUUUUCCAGAGAAAAUUAUGCAACAGCUAUAAUGGCAAAGCUUGUUUUGAUUGUAAUUUUUUCCUUUCUUCACACCAUUUGCUGCAAUGUUGGAACAGACAGCAGCUCCUUCCUGAUCUACAAUGUGGACCACAAUAGGUGCGUCACUGCCACUUCUUCCAACUCUAUCAAGGCAGAACCCUGCAACCCGACCAGGGACACGCAGCGCUUCCGCUGGGUGUCGGAGAAGCGUUUGCUCAGCGUCGCUCACAAGCUUUGCUUGGGUGCGCAGAGCCUGAAAGACUGGGUCAAGGUGCUGCUGUUCCCCUGCGAUGAAAAGAGCGAGGUGCAGCACUGGGAGUGUAAGAACGACACCCUGUUCGGCCUGCAGGGCGUAGAGCUCCACCUCAACUAUGGGAACUUCAAUGAGAAGAACAUUAUGGUUUACAAAGGUUCAGGCUCCUUUAGCCGCUGGCAGAUCUACGGCACCAAGGACGACCUCUGCUUCCGUGGCUACCAAGAGAUUUUCACCCUCGGUGGAAAUGGGUUUGGAGCUCCCUGCCAGUUCCCGUUUAAAUAUGAGAAGAAGUGGUACGCCGACUGCACUUUGGCCGGAAGAUCGGACGGCCAGCUCUGGUGUGCCAUUGAAACGGACUAUGAUAAAGACAAGAAGUGGGGCUUCUGUCCAACAAAAUCCAGUAGUGGUUGGGACUCAGAUCCAGUGACGGGGGUCCUCUACCAGAGGAACACGCAAGCCGCCCUAACGUGGCACCAGGCCCGCAAGAGCUGCCAGCAGCAGAGUGCUGACCUGCUGAGCAUCGUGGAACUACAUGAGCAGAGCUACAUCUCAGGACUGACAGAUAAUUUGGGAACUUCGUUAUGGAUUGGACUCAACAGCCUGGACUUUGAGAGUGGAUGGCAGUGGAGUAAUGGCAAUCCUUUCCGUUAUUUGAACUGGGCCCCAGGCCACCCGUCCUCAGAGCCGGGCCUCAACUGUGCCGUCUUGAAUUCGGCAAAGGCUUCCAAGUGGGAGAGCAACUCCUGCUCCAAGAAACUGGGGUACAUUUGCCGCAAAGGAAACUCCACCAGCCUCAUCCCCUUUAGCCCAGGGAGCAAUCAGCCAAGCUUCUGUCCCUCCCACUGGAUGCAGUACGCGGGGAAUUGCUACUACCUGGAGCGGACAAAAAAGAUAUGGCAGGACGCUCUGUCUGCAUGCCACAAGGAGGGGGGCGACUUGGCCAGCAUCCACAACGUUGAAGAGCAAAGCUUCAUCAUCUCACAGCUGAGCUUCCAGCCAACCGAUGAGCUGUGGAUUGGGCUGAAUGACCAGAAGACGUCAAUGCUGUUUGACUGGAGUGACCGGACGCAUGUUACGUUCACCAACUGGCAAGUGGGAGAGCCCACCCAUGCCUCCAAUAUGCAGGAGGAUUGCGUCCUCAUCAGAGGAAAGGAAGGGAAGUGGGCAGACUACCUGUGCGAGAAGGAAUUUGGAUAUAUCUGUAAGAAGAAAGCCUCCUCCAAGCCGUCUGGUACCCCACAGGUCAUAUCUCCUGGCUGCAAGGCUGGCUGGACGAGAUUUGGCUCCUACUGCUAUUACGUUGGAUCAGAAGCAAAAACAUUCGAUGAGGCAAAACAGACGUGCCAGAGCAGUAGCUCCUACUUGGUUGACAUCACCAGCAGAUAUGAGAACGCCUUCCUCAUCAGCUUUGUGGGCUUGAGGCCAGAGAAGUACUUCUGGAUAGGGCUGUCAAACACAGAAGAACGUGAAAACUUUGUAUGGACCAACACCAAAAAUGUGAGGUUCACUCACUUCAACAUCGGCAUGCCAGGCAGGAAACUCGGUUGUGUCGCCAUGACAACCGGAGAGUUUGCUGGGCUUUGGGACGUCAUCAGCUGCACCAGCAAAGAAAAGUACAUAUGCAAGCACAUGGCCGAGGGGGUGCUCUCCACCUUGCCGCCGCCCACCACUCGGCCUCUCUCCUGCCUACCAGAAUGGAAACCCCUGGGAAACAGGGACUUCUGCUAUAAGAUUUUCAAGAAAGUGUCGAAGGACAAGAAGACGUGGUUUGAGGCUCGAGAUUUCUGCAGAGCCAUUGGAGGCGACCUUGUCAGUAUCCACAGUGACAGCGACCUUGACAACAGCAUGAGCAGGGGUCCUAUGGUAGAAGAUGCCUGGAUUGGUCUCAACGCUCUCAACCCCAAUGCUGGCUUUGUUUGGAGCGAUGGAUCCACAGUCUCCUAUGAGAACUGGGGCUACGGAGAACCCAACAACCACAACGAUGCUGAACUCUGUGGCGAGGUCAGCUUUUACUUUGGGAGGCCAUGGAACGACCGCCAUUGUGAAUCUUUCAACAACUGGAUAUGCCAGAUCCAAAAAGGUGUGACGCCAAAACCAGCACCGACAGCUGUCCUAGUCGACUAUAAUAUGACUAAGGAUGGCUGGAUUGAGUACAACGGCACCCAGUAUUACAUUAACAACCAGAAGCUAGCCAUGGAGGACGCCAGGGCCUUCUGCAAGAAGAACCUCGGAGACCUUGCGGUCAUUACUGCAAAAAGCGAAAGGACGUUCCUAUGGAGACAGAUAUCCAGAAGUGACGAAGACCAGUACUACAUCGGAUUGACUGUGGACCUUGACAAAUCCUUUCAGUGGGUGGAUGGAACCCCCAUUUCAUAUGUAGCAUGGGAGAAUAACGAGCCCAACUUCGCCAAUAACGACGAGAACUGCGUAACCAUGUACAAGAGCAUGGGAUUCUGGAAUGACAUCAACUGCGGUGUGGUCCUGCCAUCGAUCUGUGAGAGGAGCCAAAGUGUCCCCAUCAAUACAACAGCGGCUCCCACUCCGCCCCCUAAAGGCGGGUGCCCUCCAGAUUGGAUACACUUCCAGAACAAAUGCUACAAGGUCUUUGGGGCAAUUUCUUCAGACUGGAAGCCGUGGCAGGAGGCCCGGACAUACUGCAUCAACCUGGGGGGAAAUUUAGCGUCGAUCCUCAAUGAGCAAGAGCAAGCCUUCCUGACCACCAAACUGCUGGACAUGCCCUCUGAUAUGUGGAUUGGCCUCAACGACAUCAACUGGGAGAUGCGUUUCCUGUGGACUGAUGGGAAGGGCGUGUACUAUACCAACUGGGCCAAAGGGCACCCCGCUUCCGUGCCGGACGGUCGCUACUUGUUUAUGGACGAGGAGUUUGAUUGUGUGGCCAUGCUGACAAGCUCCCCCAGCCUUGCUGGACUCUGGAAGGUGGAGGAUUGCCUAGCUUCCCGGGGCUUCAUCUGCAAGAGGAACAUUGAUCCUCAGAUAAACCCCCCGGCUACUACUGCUUUCCCGAGCACGUACCAGAGACUGGGCAACAGCUCCUUCAAGGUGGUGGCCCAGAAGAUGAACUGGGAUGAGGCGAGGAGGCAGUGCAAGGCGGACGAUGCAGAGCUGGCGAGCAUCAUGGACCCCGUCAUGCAAGCUUUCAUCAUAUUACGCUUUCACCGCUACAAGGAGCCUCUGUGGAUCGGCCUCAACAGCAACGUGACUAGCGGAUAUUUCCGCUGGAUCGACAACUGGCGCCUUCGUUUCUCCAACUGGGCAUCAGGGGAGCCAAAGAACAACCUGGCGUGCGUUUAUGCUAAUGUUGACCGGAAAUGGAAGACCGUCUCUUGCACCGAGACCCAUUACGCUUUGUGCAGGCGUUCAUCUGAUAUCGCUCCCACGGAACCCUCACAGCUCCCAGGCACCUGCCCCGAGUCGAAGAAACGGAGGACCUGGGUGCCGUUCAGGGGCCACUGCUACGCCUUCAUGUCCUCCACAAAGGAGAACUGGGCACACGCUUCCACGGAAUGCAUACGAAUGGGGGGUGCCUUGAUCAGCAUCGAAGAUCCUUUGGAAGCUAAUUUCAUACAGCAAAACCUAGAGAUACUGCAAGAUAGUACCAGAUCCUUCUGGAUUGGCAUGUACAAAACUCACAAUGGGCAAUGGUUGUGGAUUGACAACACUGUGGUUGACUACACCAACUGGAUGGCUGGGGAGCCAUCAAACACCGUCAAUGAGGAGUGCGUUGAGCUCUAUAGUGACACAGCAAAGUGGAACAACGUCCACUGUAGUAGGUACAAAUCCUACAUCUGCAAAGUAGCUAAAGUUAUUCCACCUACAGCCAAAACGGAAAAAGUUGUGCAUUCUGCGGAGGAGGUCCCACAGAGCUCGGCAGGCAUCGCCAUUGCCGUGGUGAUCAUGAUCCUGACCGUCUUGGGGCUCGCCGGCUUCUUCCUCUACAAGAGGCAGCGGAAGCCGAUACAGGGAGAGUGCACCUUCGACAACACCCUGUACUUCAACUCGGAACCCUCCCGCACCACUACCGUCGAUACGAAGGCCCUCGUGGAACACAUCGAGCAGAACGAGCAGGCCGCCGCUAUCUGACUCCCUCCCAGCCACUUCCCACUGAGUGCUCAGGUGCAAAAGAAACAGAAGGCAAAAGGGAAGUAAGAACUUGGUCCAGAGUAUUCCUCUGCACAAUCUUUACUGCAAAAUAUACCCAUUUUCACAUGAAGCGCUAAAAGUUUCCAUAAAGAAUUCAGCAGUGUGUUGCCUGAUAUUUACCGUAGUCGAUCAGCUCAAUAUUUGGUCCCGAGAGCAUCACACAGAGUAGUGAACUGUGCGAAUAAUCAGCAAUGCCUUUGACGCACACACUAGAAAAUUAAUAUUAAUAUGAAAUGCGGCAGUGGUCGGUGGAAAUGCAGUGAUUACUGCCACUAAAUAAUUACACCUACCGAAAUAGUUUUCAAACAUUUUUUAUUUCUGAAUUGUUUUGGUGUUGUACAGUUUCUUAGCUCUGGAAUGUAUCCUUUCGUGGAUGCUGAUAAAUGGCAAACUCCUGUGAUUUCUCUAAAAAUGAUUUUUCCCACUUAUUUUCAUCUGAUUUUCUUACAUUUCUG